UAAUUUAAGUCAGAAAUUGAAAACGAAGCUCAAUCUCGUUCUUCUCGCUGCAGUUAGGGUUCUUCAAUCUCCAUCUUCUUCUUCGUUGAGGUCUUGUGCGUUGCGCAUGUUUCCGUCGCCAGUCGUUGAACUGCGCUGUCGCCGUUGUUCCUCUUUGCCGUCGUCGUUGGCGUUUGAAGUUGAGUACUGAAAACAUGUUACUGUUUUGACUGAAAAAUGGAGGCACUGAAAGCAUGUUAUGGGGAUGGAUCUUCUGAUUCAGAUUCUGAAUCUACCCCUUCAAUUCCAAGCUUAGCUCACUCAGAAGUAUUCACACCCUUGCCACCACCUCCUAUCUCACUCCUAGAUCCUUUGAAAUUUCACGGGCCUCAAGAUUUGCAGAUUGGUGAGACAAUUAGAGUUAGGAGCUUCCCUCAUGCUGAUGGUAACUAUGCCUUACAUGUAUACAUACCAGUUAAUAUUUCAUCUCAAUCAAAGAAAGAAAUUGCUGGUAUCUUGAAGAAAGUCUCAUCUCGGGAACCAACUCUUUAUGUUGUUGACGUUGAUGUUCCACUUAACACACUCUGCAAAAAUGAUGAGAAGCUUGAACAAGUUGCCUUAGGAAGAGAAUUUCACAUAAGUUUGGGAAGAACUGUUCCAAUACGAGUGCAUCAGAUUGACUCAAUGGUCUCAAUGCUUAGACAGAAGCUUCAAAGUCACCACAAUUUUUGGAUUGACUUUAACAAAUGGGAGGUUUUUGUUAAUGAUGACCAUACGCGCACCUUUAUCUCACUAGAAGUUGUUCAAGGAGGGUUAGUAGAGAUAAAGAAGCAAAUUGAGGCAGUCAAUGCAAUUUACAAGCUUCAUAAUCUUCCUGAAUUUUACAAGGAUCCACGUCCUCACAUAUCCUUAGCAUGGGCACUUGGUGACAUCACUCAUUCCCUGAAGAAAGUUGUGGACGAGGAAAUUAAGCAAUGUGUUGUUGGAAAAUCUUUGAAGAAGUGUAUUUUUAACUGUAAAUUUAAAGGUAUUGAGUGUAAGAUUGGUAAGAAAUCAUAUAAAAUAUGUAAAAUUUCAGAUGGAUAAUAACAUGUAUAGUAGUUUAUAAAAGAGGGAUUUGCUGAUUUUUGGAUACAUGCAAUUCUGUUAUGUAAAACGGUGUCUUUCUUGGCUUGGUUGGUAGAUUGAUGAUAAAAUAGAUUACUACUGA